GUCAUCAACUACGCGGGGCCGCAGAACCUGGCGACCUACGUCGGCGGCUUCUUCUUCACCUUCUCCCUCACGUUCAUCACCAUCUACCCCGUGCUCAUCCAGCCGCUCUUCAACAAGUACGAGCCCCUGGAGCCCGGCCCGCUCCGGAGCGCCAUCGAGGCGCUCGCGUCGUCCAUCGACUACCCGCUCUACAAGCUCUACAUGGUCGACGGCUCGAAGCGGAGCGGCCACAGCAACGCCUACAUGUACGGCUUCUUCAAGAGCAAGCGCAUCGUCCUCUUCGACACGCUCCUCAAGCAGAUGACGAACGAGGAGAUCGUCGGCGUGCUGGCCCACGAGCUCGGCCACUGGGCCCACGGCCACGUCUUGUUCUCCUUCUGCUUCUCCCAGGCCUACAUCUUCGUCGCCUUCUCCUUCUUCGCGCGCGCGAUGGGCUCGGCCGACAUCUACACCGCGUUCGGCUUCGCGGCGACGGCCGGCGCGUCGGACACGGCGGGCGCGCCCGUCAUGGUCGGCGUGCUCCUCUUCUUCAUGGUGCUCUGGGAGCCCGUGGACCACGCGCUGAGCUUCUUCAUGACGUGGAACUCGCGGCGGAUGGAGUUCCAGGCCGACCAGUACGGCACGAACCUGGGCUACGCGGCGCCGCUCCAGCGCGGGCUGGUGAAGAUCACCUUCGAGAACCUGGGCGUGUUGGACCCGGACCCGCUCUUCUCGACGUACCACCACAGCCACCCGCCGCUCGUGCAGCGGCUCCGGGCCAUCGAGGAGGGCGCGAAGAAGUUGAAGUAG